AUGAUCACCGACAACGAGCCGGAUGUGGUUCAAACGGCUGGACCUGAUGCUGAAGAUCAAUCGGCGAAGGAGACGUCCAGCCAGGCACAGAAUGGCAUGGACUGUCCUUCGUUGGGCCAGAUAUUGUCACAAUUGAGUCCCGGACCGUCAAUUCUACCGGUGCAGACAAUUUCUUCGGUCCCAGUUGACGAGCAAGCGGCCCUUUUGCGACGCUUAGAAGACGUGCUUGCAGAGGCUACAGGCGGUGCUGAGAGAUUCGAGGAAGUGCAGACCAUUCUAAUUGAACUCUGGAAGUGUCGGUCGAGUUAUCUGGCGUUGGCAGCUGAUGCUCUGGCGAACGGGAGUCGAAACUCAUCCUGGAGAGUCCCAUACGGGCGAGCUGGCAUCUUGAAUUUCUUCCUUCAGAUCAUCGCCUCGAGAGAGUUCCAUGACGAAGAUGUACUCCUUCAUGCUCUACGGUUAGUCGGCAAUUCCUGUGCUGACACUGAUGAAAACAGAGCCCUUGUUGUCAAGGAUAACUAUACAGCUGCCAUCCUCAGCUGUCUUAGCCCAGAACUUGUGCAUGUCGUGAUUCCUGUUAUAUACAACAUCUGCAUUGAUUAUGAGCCAGCCCAAAGUCAACUGGCGGCGAACAAACUAGUAUAUAUUCUUUUGAGACUAAUCAAGGAUGGCUUACUCGAAGAUAAUGAGGCGCUUCUUGACUUCUCUUACGAACUCAUAGAGCUGCUCGCAGAGCAAGAACAAGGAAUCCGAGAAUCGCCAGGAGGAACAAUCCUACUUCUCUUGGAUCUUUUGUCUGAAGAUGGAGUUGCUCUCUCUCGAUUCGUAUGCCUUGCUAAUUGUCUCAUGGCCUAUCUGGACAAGGAACGAUUCCAGGAUAUUUGUGUUGGUCAAUGUAUAGUUGAACGAGUGUUGUCUGUCCUCAAACAGUCCUUAUAUAUCAAAGCAGACCCUUCGUCAAGUGAUGAUACCAAAGCACUGGCGCAGCUGCAGCUGAAGAUCAACCAAACACUUUCAGAAGUCUCUGCAUCACCCAAAUUCUCCGAGGUAUAUCCCCUUGAGUCUCCUCUUGUUCAGACCUUGAAAGAUUGGCUGGCUUCCACCGAAGACCAACUUCAAAUCUGUUCAUGUGUGAUGCUGGGCAACUUGGCACGAUCAGACGGGGUGUGCGAAGCGAUGGUCAGAAAGAUGAACAUACACACUUUGUUGAUAUCGAUUCUGAGAUCUGAUGCUAGAGGCGCAGUUCUCCAUUCCGCAAUUGGAAUUCUGAAGAACUUGGCUAUAGCUGGCGAUAACCGACAAUAUCUGGGCAAUGCUGGGAUCAUUCCUGCAGUCUCGCGCCUAUGGGGAUACGAGACGGUCCCUCAAGUCCAAUUUGCGGCAACAAGCAUUGUUCGGCAAGUGAUCAUCUCAUCGAUCGCGAACAUUUCGCGUCUGCUGGAACUUGCUCCUACUGGCGAGGACUCCUCGACCUCCCAACAGACAUACCUCUCAUCCUUACUCUCUCUGUGUGAGAAAACGGACUCCACGCCCAUCAAAACGGAGGUCGGACGGAUCGUAGCUUCAAUUUGCCGCACAAUUGUGCCAAAGUCUCGCGAAGCGGACAGCGAGGCUAGCACACUCCUCGAGCGUCUGUUCACUAUGCACGAGGGCGUUGCGCUUCCACUUGGUGCUAUGAUUGCUCAAUCGCAAUGGCUUGUGGUCAGGAGCGAGGGCUGGUUCGCCUUGGCUUUGAUGGCUUCGAGCAAACAUGGCACUGCCGCCGUUAUCGACUGCCUGCAGAAGCUGGACUUGUACCCGUUACUGGAGGAGACGAUGAGCAGGCCUGUUUGUGACUCGGCGAAUGAAGCGGACAAAUUGAAGGCAGCCAAGGAUCGCGAUAAUAUCGUAGUCCUUAUUCAAGAGCUGUUGAAAAAUGAUACUAAUGCACUCUCAGCUCCCCAGCGAGCCACGUUGGAGAGACUCAUGCAUAGCCAUGUCUCACGGCAGCUGCAAGGGACGAGGCUGAAUUGA